AUGGAACACCAAUUCCCUCCUCUUCAAAAUGAUUUGAUUUUGCGGGUUGCUCGCGGCGAGAAGGUCGAACGACCGCCCAUCUGGGUGAUGCGGCAGGCUGGUCGAUAUCUGCCCGAGUACCACGAAGCGAAAGGCGGCCGUGAUUUCUUCGAGUGCUGCAGGGACCCCGAGGUCGCAUCCACUCUCACGCUGCAACCCAUUGAGCGCUAUGGCGGCCUCCUCGAUGCCUCUAUCAUCUUCUCCGAUAUCCUGGUGAUUCCACAGGCCAUGGGAAUGGUGGUGGAAAUGGUCGACAAGAAGGGACCACACUUCCCGAGUCCCCUGCAGAGCCCAGACGACGGGCAGUACGCCGAGGUGAUGAAGCGCAAUGUCGACGUCGCAAAGGAGCUCGACUAUGUCUACAAGGCCAUUACCCUGACUAGGAAGAAGCUUCAGGGUCGUGUGCCGCUAUUUGGCUUCUGCGGAGCACCCUGGACCUUGUUCUGCUACAUGGUCGAAGGUGGGGGAUCCAAGUUCUUCAAGGAGACCAAGAAGUGGAUUUACAAGUACCCUGAGGAGACCAAGGCCCUUCUCCAGAAGAUCUCGGAGCUUUGCGUCGAGUACCUCGCGCUCCAAGUCAAAGCUGGUGCCCAGCUUAUCCAAGUAUUCGACUCGUGGGCAGGUGAACUCUCGCCAUCAUCGUUCAAGAAGUUCUCUCAACCCUACUUGGAGUACAUUGCCAAGCACCUUCCCCCAAGACUCAAGGAGAUGGGGCUAGAGCCCGUUCCGAUGGUUGUGUUCCCCAAGGGCGCGUGGUAUGCCCUAGACGCUGCAUGCAACAUGGGAUACCACAUCGUCGGCCUUGACUGGCUUCACGAUCCUGCUGAGGCCGUCAAGACGGUUGGUGACCGCCCGGUCGUCCUCCAAGGGAACGCCGAUCCCGGCGUCUUGUACGGCUCGCACGCUGGCAUCACUGAGGUUGUGGAGGAGAUGGUGAAAGGCUUCGACUGGGCCAACCGGAGGAAAGGCUGGAUUGUAAAUCUCGGGCACGGGAUUACCCCCUUUGUCAACCCCGACGAUCUGAAAUUCUUCUUCCAGGAGAUCCAUCGCCUGACCAAGACAGAUUCCCAAUAG